CAGAUUCAGACAUCUGUUCCGAGCCGAGAGGAGAGAAGGAGAGAAGCGGCAGCGUUUUUCCACUGUAACCUGUGUGAGAGGACUGGACUGACAAACGGCAGCUCCUGCACGGUGUACAGACAUUACUAACAGUAAUUUAUCGUCGCAGUUGGUUCGCUUUGGGUUCGGCAGCGUGCUCCAGCUCGUCACCAUGACAGCCCUGUCGCUGCUGCUGCUGGCCGUGUCGGCCGCAUCUGUCCUGGCCGAGUCCUCUGUGUAUUUUCGAGAGCAGUUCGAAGACGCGGAUGCCUGGAAGAGUCGCUGGGUGGAAUCCAAGCACAAGACCGACUACGGCAAGUUUGUCCUGACUGCAGGGAAGUUCUACGGAGAUGCUGAGAAAGACAAAGGUCUGCAGACCAGCCAGGACGCCCGCUUUUACGCCUUGUCGGCUCGCUUUGAUGACUUCAGCAACCAAGGCCAGCCUCUAGUCAUCCAGUUCACGGUGAAACACGAGCAGAACAUCGACUGUGGUGGAGGAUACAUCAAACUGUUCCCCUCUGGCCUCAACCAGGAGGAGAUGCAUGGAGACUCCGUCUACAAUAUCAUGUUUGGUCCUGAUAUUUGUGGCCCUGGCACAAAGAAGGUUCAUGUCAUCUUUAACUACAAAGGCAAGAACCACCUGAUUAACAAGGACAUCAGAUGCAAGGAUGAUGAGUACACCCACUUGUACACGCUGAUCGUCAACCCAGACAACACCUACGAGGUCAAGAUCGACAAUAAGAAGGUCGAGUCCGGCAAUCUGGAGGAUGACUGGGACUUCCUGCCUCCCAAAAAGAUUAAAGACCCUGAAGCCAAAAAGCCAGAGGACUGGGAUGACAGAGAGAAGAUUCCCGACCCCGAUGAUAAGAAACCAGAGGACUGGGACAAACCUGAGAAUAUCCCAGAUCCUGAUGCCAAGAAGCCUGAUGACUGGGACGAAGAGAUGGACGGAGAGUGGGAGCCACCUAUGGUCACUAACCCUGACUACAAGGGUGAGUGGAAGCCCAGUGAGAUCAGCAAUCCUGCCUACAAAGGCAAGUGGAUCCACCCAGAGAUUGACAACCCAGAGUACACAGCUGACUCUGAGAUCUAUAAAUACGACAGCAUCGGCGUGAUUGGACUUGACUUGUGGCAGGUCAAGUCUGGUACCAUUUUCGAUAACUUCCUGAUCACUAAUGACCCAAACCUGGCAGAGGAAGUGGGCAAUGACACGUGGGGAAAAACUAAGGACGCAGAGAAGAAGAUGAAGGAAAGCCAAGAGGAGGAUGAGAGAAAGAAGCGUGAGGAAGAGGACAGCAAGAGGAGAGACGAGGCCAAGGAGGAAGAGGAGGAGGAAGAGGAGAAGGAUGAGGAGGAAGAGGAGGAGGAGGAGGAAGACGAAGAGGAAGAGGGGGAAGAGCAGCAGGAGGAGGAAGAAGAGGAGGAUGAAGGCUCAGACUCUAAACUCAAGGAUGAGUUAUAAACUCCAUGCAGGAACUGCUGAGAAAGCAAGCAGACUGUCAAUGAGCCAUUGGAAGGAGGCCGGAGAUGAUCGACCCUCAUGACUGACACCCAGGGGCUGGGGUGGGGUGGGAUGGGGUUUUUCAUUUCUUUGUUUGUUUACAACACAGAGAAGUAGGUGGGAAAAAAAGGGCAAUUAUUGUUUUGUUUCCCGUUUCCAUGUGCAUUAUUAUUAUUAUUAUUAUUAUUAUUAUUAUUAUUAUUAUUAUUAUUAUUAUUAUUAUUAUAAAAACGAAGAUGUCAUAAUGAAUGUCUAGACAGGAAAAUAAUUAAAUCGCUUUCCACUUUAUACCCAAGAGAAAUAUAGAAAUCGUCAUUUUGUGUUCAGCGAAAAUUCUGGGUUUUUAUGAAGUAUAAUGUUGUGGUGACAUGAAAAGAAGUUAUAUUUGGUUUGUGGAUGAUACCAUGAAAUUUUUUUUGUUUACAUCAUGUGUGUCUUCUUAGUCAGUCGCGUUUGUUUUUUGUUUGUUUCUUUUUAAAGUCAGUUUUGUCACUCAUGCUCCCCUUUUUGUUUUUAAAGCUACAUCAAUCUUAAAAAGAUUCCACAGGGUUGGACAUCGUUACGCAGGUUAGCUUGCCUGCUCUUAUUUAAACCUCUCUGAUUCAAACAAAAGGAUAAUAGCUUGAGGAUAGGAGUGCAUCAGGACUGACAUCAUAUAUUUGACAACCUGUUGGAUGGUAAUAUGGGGUGCUUUAAGAGGAAAUCCUUUGCAUAGUUUUGUACUGUAUAGUUAACACUUUUUUCACUUCAAUGCAAAUACUGUAGUCUUAUGUGUCUAAAUAAACUGUGCUCAAACUCAGAUGUACAUUAGGAGCACUCCAGUAGCAGGAAAGCUUCCACAGUUUAGUUCGCGUUCACAUUAGGUUUACUUGUAGUCGGUGUGUACACAACCAGUCUCCUCAUUACUAAUGCUAAUAUAUCUGCACUGCUGUAACCCAACACACUGUCCCAAAAAAACAGUCUGAAAGAUGAUCCUUUUGUAAAAGACACAUUUUGUACUAAUGGUAGUAAUUGAAGUGGAAAGAUUUUCAUGUUGCUGUGUAAAAAAACAAACAAAUCAAAGGCAGGUGUUCUGUCCAAUAAAAACAACCAGGACAAAAGGA